AUGCAACACCUUCUUCUGCCCUUCCUGGCUGUGGCCGGGGUCGCCCAGGCGCGUGGCUCAGGGAGUACCGGCUGGGAUGCAGCCUAUUCAAAGGCCCAAAAUGCACUGAAGAAAAUGAGUCUGUCCGAAAAGGUUGGGAUUGCGACUGGUGUGACUUGGGAAGGCGGACCUUGUGUGGGCAACACAUAUGCACCCAGCUCCAUUGACUAUCCCUCGCUAUGUCUCCAAGACUCACCACUGGGUAUCCGAUUCGCGAACCCCGUCACCGCGUUCCCGGCAGGGAUCAAUGCUGGCGCGACUUGGGAUCGGUCCCUAAUGUACGCACGAGGUGCGGCGAUGGGAGCCGAGGCCAAGGGGCUAGGCGUUAACGUGCAGCUCGGGCCAGUGGCUGGUCCUCUGGGAAAGAACCCAGAUGGCGGCCGAAACUGGGAGGGCUUCUCGGUGGAUCCCUAUCUCAGUGGGGUUGCGAUGGAAGAGACGAUUCACGGCAUGCAGGACUCGGGCGCCCAAGCAUGCGCCAAGCACUGGCUUGGAAAUGAACAGGAGCACAAUCGAGACACCAUCAGCUCGAACAUCGGCGACAGGGUUGCGCAUGAACUAUACGUAUGGCCGUUUAUGAAUGCCGUCAGGGCCGAUGUGGCCUCGGUGAUGUGCUCCUAUAACAAAGUGAACGAAACAUGGGCCUGCGAGAGCGAUGCCAUCUUGAACCAGCUGAUGAAAGAUGAGCUAGGCUUCCGGGGGUAUAUCAUGAGUGAUUGGAAUGCGCAACACACCACUGUCAACAGCGCGUUGGCCGGAUUGGACAUGACGAUGCCCGGCAGCGAUUUCAACAGUCCUCCUGGAAGUAUCUUCUGGGGCUCUAAUCUCGUGGAUGCCGUGAACAAUGGCUCUGUGCCCAAGUCCCGAGUAGACGAUAUGGCAACUCGUAUCCUGGCUGCCUGGUAUCUCCUCGGGCAAGACAAAGGAUAUCCCGCUGUCUCAUUCAGCUCCUGGAAUGGCGGCAAAGCGAGCGUCGAUGUUACUGGGGACCAUGCGACCGUGGUUCGUAAUGUGGCUCGCGACUCCAUAGUUUUGUUGAAGAAUGACGGGCAUGCUCUUCCCCUUAAAAAACCGGCAAGUCUGGCGGUUAUUGGAGCCGAUGCAAUCGUGAACCCCGACGGCCCCAACGCAUGCUCGGAUCAUGGGUGUGAUAACGGGACGUUGGCCAUGGGAUGGGGCAGUGGAACCGCCCAAUUCCCGUAUCUUGUCGAUCCUUUGAGUGCAAUUCAGGCCCAGGCGAAGAAGACGGGCACUAAAAUCAUCUCGAGUACAACAGAUGAUACGACUUCCGCCGCAUCUGCUGCGGCUGCCGCCAAGACGGCAGUUGUUUUUAUCAAUUCGGACUCCGGAGAAGGAUAUAUCACGGUCGAAGGGAAUGCCGGCGACCGGAACAACCUCGAUCCUUGGCACAACGGCAACGAGCUCGUCAAAGCAGUUGCAGCAGUCAACAAGAACGUGAUUGUUGUCGUGCACAGCGUAGGUCCUGUGAUUCUCGAGACGAUUCUGGCCCAACCAUCUGUCAAAGCCAUCGUCUGGGCUGGACUACCUGGCCAAGAAAGUGGGAAUGCCUUGGUUGACGUGCUAUAUGGUGGAACAUCUCCCAGCGGGAAACUCCCGUACACAAUCGCGAAACAGCGUAGCGACUAUGGAACUGGUUGGCUAAAUGCGGAACAAGAUGAUUUCACAGAAGGUCUCUUCGUCGACUACCGUCACUUUGAUGUCAACAGCAUCGCCCCUCGCUACGAAUUUGGAUAUGGUCUUUCAUAUACGAAGUUCGACUACUAUGGCAUUGCUGUAAAUGUGUUUGCUAGUGCAGGUCCGGCUACGGGAGCCACCGUGCCCGGUGGUCCGGCUGAUCUCUUUGAGACUGUUGGAACUAUCACUACUAGGAUCCAGAACAGUGGCAGUGUGGCUGGAGCAGAAGUUGCACAGCUGUAUCUAGGCCUACCAGACUCUGCUCCAUGGACUCCGCUGAAGCAGCUGCGUGGGUUUGAAAAAGUGAAUCUCCACUCGCAGAAAUCGCAGGAAGUAACGUUCAAGCUCACCCGACGAGAUUUGAGCUACUGGGACGUUCGGACUCAGAAAUGGGUUGUACCAAGUGGAACAUUCCGUGUCUAUGUCGGCAGUUCCAGUCGCGAUAUCCGCCAGAAGGGCGCAUUUACCGUUAAGGAAUUCCGUUGA